AUGAAUGCGUAUCAUGUGGUCCGUCUGAGUCUUGCCAACUUCGGUGUCGCGCCGGAAUUUCUUGGGUGGAAGAGGGCCAUAAUGGCAGAACUCCUUCAAUAUACCCAUGAAUGGCACCAACAGCAACAGGAUAUUCACCCCGGUGAUUACAUCGAGGAGACUGCAGAACAUAAUGAGAUUGCCGAACUCUCCUCAAGCUUAUUGGCUCUCUUUAAAGAAAUCGCCCUCGCAUUACCGAAGCAGACCGGGAUCCCCAGAGACGCUCAGAUAAGCAUUGAACGCAGCUGCAGCGCUCUGAUUCUGUGGUCAGACGGUUUUGGAAUCACACAGGGCCGUCUAAAUGGCACGUUCAACAAGUCGCGCAAACUUCGUUAUACAGCUCUCAAGAAUUUAUUGCACAUUGGCCGUGUGCUUGUCGAACGCUUAGUACCUGCAGUGAAUAUCUCGUCAGAGAAACUAAAAAUUCUGUGUUCCAGCGUUGAGUCAAAUAUUGAAGCUGCAGCGGGCCUCAUAGCUGAAGAAUCCUGCCGACAAAGUGAUGAUUCUUCCAGUGGUGCAGCCUCUAAUUUCUCAGACGAUGAUAUUUAUGAGAUUGCGGAAGACCUCAAAACCGAUACUCUCGUUCUGUCCGGCCUGGACCCUUUGUUGAAGUACCCGAUAUUCGAUUCUCAGCAUGAACAUAACAUCGAAAGCCAUGCUAUCUCUACCUGGGGUCCUGAGAAGAGCUAUUCUGAUAAGAUUGAGAACAGAUUCCCUCGCGCAGAUGUUUCCCUUACUCUAUAUCUCGGUAGGGCUAAUUAUGAACGUUUCUUGCGGUGCCAAGAAGCAAGAGAGUCUCUGGAAGAGGAAGAGCCGCUGCCUAUCGUGAAUCAAGAAGAGGGAACCCAUGCGGGGACAAUAAUCGCCAACACUAAAUUCCAUGAUUCAGGUGUCGGCACAUCCAUAGGAUUGACUAUGUCCUACGCAGAAACCACAAUGAGUUACAAUCAUGAUGGCCAGUCCGUACGCAUACCACCACUCUCGAAAGAAGCCAAGGCAGGCUCGCCCUUUACCUGCAUUGCCUGUGGUCGUACGGUAAUUAUCACCAACAACUCCGCAUGGAAACAGCAUAUAUACCUUGACCUUCAACCGUACAUGUGCUUAGAUUUAUCAUGCCCAUACAGCAGCAGUACCUUUGAAAGUCGCGACAAGUGGAUUUCUCACCUAGCGCUGGACCACGAGAUGGAGCCCAAAUGGGCAUCUGCCGAGUGUCCCCUUUGUAGAGAAGAAACAGGCAAUGGAAAGAUUGCUAUUACCAAGCAUCUCUCUAAACAUCUAGAAGAGGUUUCGCUGUCAGCUCUACCCGUUGAAGUCGACUCGGACGCAGAGUCCGAGAAUAGCCUUGAGUCCAGCGAUGCCAGUUCCUCUCGCAAUGAGGGAGCCUAUGGUGGCGUUGAUGAGAACGGGGAGACACUUCCUGUUGAAUUUGAUACAGAGUUGGCCUCCAUGGUCUUUUCUAAUCUAGUGAAAAAAUUCAAGCCUGAGAAGAAUUACGAAGCCCAAUCUGAAGGGAAAAGAGGGCCAUUGCAAAGAGCUGCUGAACAUCUCGCUGCUAUAGACGCAGCGAACAUGGUUGAACAAUUGAAGAGGAACCAAGAGAAUAUUGAAGAAAUUUUCAGGAAAACAGAAGGGGCUUCUAAAAUGGCAAAGCUAUCAUCUUUUAUCAAGUUUACGGAUGCCGUUGGUCGAAGUUUUAACUUCCCAGUUCACUUAUGCUACACCUGGCAGGAAAUGGAUGAUUUGAUUCAGCAGGCGUUCUCACAGGUUGACGUCUUGGGUCCUCACGUCCAAGAGGGUCACUAUGACUUAAUCGGUCCUGAUGGCGAAAUUAUACCCCCCUCUGUCUGGGAGGAGGUGGUUGAGCCAGGUUUGCAUAUCACGAUGACCAUGUGGCCGCUCGAAAGGGCACCACUGGAAGGCCUUGGCCUGAAAGAAUCUGAAGAGCCUCAUGACGAAGAAGAAAACACUGACAAGGAAGACUCAUUCCGGACUAACAUCCCUUCGAAGAAUACACAGCAACAGGGAGCUCAACACUCGGAGAAUGUCCAAGCUGCUCAGGUAAUUCGGAUGAGCGGCCAAAAUUUCUUCAACACGGCCAAAGCGUAUUUCAAGGACCAACCGGACAAAUUCACGAGAUUCCGUGUCAUUUUGGCCGAUAUAGCGACAACGGAAUGGGUCCCUGAAGCAUGGCGACGAUCAUGCUAUGAAUGCAGGAUGGUAGAGGCCGAAUGUGAUGCCAAAGCUCCUGAUCCUUGUACGAGAUGCCGCCUCAAGAGACUUUCUUGCGCUGCUCAGUUUGCUGCGGUGUCUCGGCAACAUACAGUCGUCAAUGGCGACCAAAUACGCCGGGGUAUCAUGAAUAUUGGUCGCCUAUGCGAGGGGUAUCCUUCCUUUAUGCACGAGAUCAACAGUGUAAUGCCGACUGGAUACCGGGUCGAAGUUCUGGAUGCGUCAACAGUGCGACUUUUUGCGCCAGAUGACGAACCAACUAUUAUCCCAGUGGGAACGUACAGAGAUUCUACCAAGGACCUUGGGAAUCAGUCUGGUUUCGAUAUGGGACUUAAUCAGCAAAGCAAGAGUAUGCUAGGGACUUUUAAUCGGUUUACGCUUGUAAAUCAAAACAGCUCCGAAGCUGCCAUCACGCAGCAAGAAGAAACGUGUAACCAACACUCUUCCCAAGGACAUAGGCAGAAUAUGAUGACCGCUGACCAGAAGUCUAUCUUAGCUCAUUAUUUUGCUCAGCCAACAGAAUCACGCCGGACUGCUGACUACCCCCCCUCUUGGGGCUUUAAUAAGGGACAGAUGACGAUGAAGCAGCGCGUCCAGGCUGUCUUUGACGGCCCUCGACGCCUCGCCAAGGAUGACAUGAUACUCUCCACAGACCACGAGGCCCGCAUCAAGCUCUCGGAUGGCAAGUCCUAUGUCACCGAUCUUGAUGUUCAGACAGCCAUUGAUAUAAUGGACGAAUCUGAACUGGCGCAUGUUGAGCGCAACAAAACCGCUGAGAGUUACGUGAAUGAAGAGCCACGUUUCAUUGGCAACCCUGGGGAGUUGCACCCCCGAUUUGUCGAACAUCUUCGAAAUAAUUUCAUCGACCCUCGUUCUACAGGAAAAUCCUAUUUGGUACCCAAAGAACCAUUUGGCCUGAACUCGAACUUAAUUGACGAGUUCCCAAGAACGUCUACCGACGUUGAUGCAGACCUCCUACAAAGACUCCGAAGUGCACUAAAUGAUACCCCUGAAGCUUCCGUCGAGGCCAUUUUACAUGCGGCUAAAGGAGACGAAGUUCAGAUGCAAGAUCGAGAUUCUUCGAACCACUCCCUACUAUUGUCCACUUCCAAUGCCAAUCCAUCAUUGCACAACGAUCAACAGAAUUCCCAAGCAAGCGAAGGCGCCGUUGACCAGGAUACGGCGAAAGAACAAGCGAUGACCCAAGAUUAUCUGCGAAUUUACAUGCGUGCAGGUGGUAAUCCACAAGAAAUAUUACGUAUUAUCGAGGAAGAAGGGCUACGGGGGAAGUUCGGACACUGGAUCGAGGUUCCACGGCCAUCAAUUAUGAACAUUGCUGACCAUAACGCGGCAGGCGAAGCUGCAAGUGAGCCUGUUGCAAAGGCAGUGGCGACAGUGAAAGAUAAAAAGGGCUCCAAUGACCUAGAUGAACCACAGUACUGCCUCUGUAAUAAGGGGAGUGCUGGUAUCAUGAUUCGAUGCGAUAAUGUUGACAUAUCGUCUAUGGAAAAUAUUGGAAUCAGAAACCUAGCAAGCAUGGAACGUCAUGGCCCUGUUGAGUUUGACGAUGCCAUCAGUUAUGUCAGAAGGAUUAAAGACCGCUUUCAGGAUAAGCCGGAGAGAUAUAAACAGUUCCUUGAGAUCCUUCGGAAUUAUCAGGAAGAGCAAAAGCCCAUCCAAGAUCUCCAAGCUCGGGCACCUCCUAGUCGCCCCGACGACGGCGACGUUGCUGGAUCAGAGGGCCUUGCCAAGUUUCACAAGCAGCAAGGGAAUGACUCGGAUCGUUUGCCAUAUGUCCACAAACAGCCUGUCGACCUUUAUCGCCUAAAGAAGGCAGUAGAAUCCAGAGGCGGAUUUGACAGGGUCUGCAAGUUGAAGAAAUGGGCAGAAAUUGGAAGAGAUCUUGGCUACAGCGGCAGGAUCAUGUCGUCCCUGGCCACGUCGCUCAAGAAUACGUUCUUGCGAUGGCUCUCCCCGUACGAAGAGUAUCUGCGCGCGGCAAAGCCUGGAGAUGACCAGCUUGAACAAGGGCACGUCGACCCUAGCAACAAGGGGAAAAUACCGUCAAUUGGUAGGAUCACCUAUCCCUUCCCUAAUCCAGACAUUUACAUUUGGCCACCCGAUUCGAAUGUUGCUGGCGAGGAGAUGGGUGAACCGGCCCCGUCUUCCACUGUCCCACCACCUCUGCCGCCUCCAGUCAUGGCAGCAAGUGAUCUUAUCACGGAUCGUGAAGAAGGCUGGAAUGAUCCUGAACUGUCAUCAUCCUCCGGUGAUAGGCGGGGAAUAUCUGACGAGGAAUAUCUCGGCCAUGAGCCAUUUCUGGUUCGUCCCAGACCCGACAUCUAUAGCAAGCAAUUGCCUCCCAUCUCUGGUGUUUCGGAAGGUAGCAACUCGGUGCAGGUUGACAGUUUUGCCGAAAUCUCCAAUUCACAAGUCUCGCCCCCGAGUUCUCCAUCUCCAUCUGCAGCUGAAAGAUCUUUUGGCUUAGGAGAUGCCGUCCUGGAGGUCGUUGCGCAAAUACAAGAUGUUUUGCUCGAGUCUCCAUAUGGCGCCGCCUACCAUGAUAUUGGCUACAUAGGGUCUUUCAAGACACUCCACAACCUUCCUAUUAGAACCGACAAGCCCGACAGCUUGAAGAUGAAAUGGUAG